AUCUCCAUUGGAAGAUGUGCAUGAAGCCCUGUAGUGCGGCGUCGUGUCUGCGCAGGCGCCCCUUCACCCCCCCGGCCAUGGACGCGACGGCCGGCUGCGCCUGCUCCUUCCAGGACACGCAGUUCCUGGGCGCCACGUGCGGCGCCAACUACUCGCUCUUCAUGACGACGCUGUCCCUGCUGCUGAGCGCCGACCCCGUCAUCGCCGACCCCUGCCGGCGCCUUGGCCGCGACGGCGCGCGGCUGGCCGACGUCACCGAGGUGGACUUCGUGGUGGUGGGGGCCGGCGCGACGGGGCCCGUGGUCGCCUCGCGCCUCAGCGAGGACGCCUCGUGGAGCGUGCUGCUGCUGGAGGCCGGUCCGGAGGAGCCCACCGCCACCGAGCUGCCCGCCUUCGCCGUGAGCGCCGUGGGCUCGCCGCUCGACUGGAACUACACGACCACGAGGCAGGCGGGCGCGUGCCUGAACACGGGCGGCGUGUGCGCGUGGCCUCGCGGCAGGAUGGUGGGCGGCACCACGGCCAUGCAGGGCAUGAUGUACACGCGCGGCAACAGGGACAUCUACGACCGCUGGGCGGCGCUGGGCAACACCGGCUGGGACUACACCAGCUUCCUGCACUACCUCAAGAAGGCCGAGGGCAACAGGCAGCCGCGCAGGGCGGAGGAAGGCUACCACGGCUUCGACGGCCCCGUGGCGGUGCAGCAGUUCGCCGAUCACCCGGAGCUGGCCGAGGCCAUCGUGCGCGCCGCCGAGGAGCUGGGCUACCCCAGCCGCGACCUCACCGGCUCCAACCAGACGGGCGCCGCCGUCGCCUUCAUGAUGGUGGACGGCAGCCUGCGGGUCACCUCGCCGCGCGCCUACCUGCGGCCGCACGCGGACCGCCCCAACCUGCGCGUCGCUAUCAACAGCCACGUCACCAAGGUGCUGAUCGAGAACGGCACGGCGUACGGCGUGAGGUUCGUGGACUCGGAGGGCCGCAACAAGACGGUGCUGGCCAGGAAGGAGGUGAUCCUGUCGGGCGGCACCAUCGGCUCGGCGCAGCUGCUCCUGCUGUCGGGCGUCGGGCCCAGCGAGGACCUGUCGGCGCUGGGCAUCCCCGUGGUGAAGGACCUGCCCGUGGGGCACAACCUGCACAACCACGUGGGCGCCAGCGUGGGCUUCUACAUCAACGACUCGUCCACCGCCACGCUGACGCUGCCCGCCUUCCACGAGUUCGUGCAGACGCGCUCCGGGCCCAUGGCGGGCACCGGCCUCACGCAGACCACCGCCUUCAUGCUGUCCAAGUACGCCGAGGACGGCGUGCCCGACCUGCAGGUGUUCUUCGACGGCUUCAACGCGGCGUGCAGCCGCACGGGCGUGGAGGGCGAGUGCUCUGACGGCUCGCUGGGCGACUGCGGGCGCCGCUACAUCAACGCGCGGCCCGUCAACGUGCUGCCCAGGAGCCGCGGCUCCUUGCGGCUGCGCAGCGCCGACCCGCGCGACCCGCCGCUGCUCGACCCGGCCUACCUCACGGAUCGACGCGACGCCGACGUGGUGGUCGAGGGACUCAAGACCAUGGUGCGCAUGACGCGGACCGAGGCGCUGCGGCCCUGGGGGUUCGAGCUGGACCCCACCCCGGCGCAGGGCUGCGGCCACCUCAGCUUCGCCUCGGACGAGUACUGGCUGUGCGCGGUGCGGCAGGGCACCGGGCCGGAGAACCACCAGGCGGGCAGCUGCCGCAUGGGCCCCGCCGGCGACUACCACGCCGUGGUGGACCCGCGCCUGCGCGUGCACGGCGUGGGGCGCCUGCGCGUGGCCGACGCCUCCGUCAUGCCCGUCGUCGUCAACUCCAACCCCAUCCCCACGCUGUUCGCCAUCGGCGAGAAGGCGGCCGACAUGAUCAAGGCGGACUGGACGUGACCGGGCAACACCGCUGCGAUACGCCCGUGUCGAUGUGGGCUCUGUAGGAAAUAAGACAACUCGUGGCGAUAUAUUGAUGAUAUCGAUUAGCAUCCAAAUUCGACAUUGCAAAGAGUGAGUGAUAUAAUAGUUUAUUUAUACAGGAUGUAUGAAAAUUCGAGAUGUAUGCGUACGUUGAAAGUGAUCGAACGCAAUUAGCCAAGUGGCAAUCCACCGAACAACGUGUGCUCGACAUAUUCAACCGGCGAAGCGCUGAAGGUAGCAGGGCCACAAGUGUGUAGGAUUCACAAAGGGGUGCCGCGGAAAUUUCCAUUUGUGGAGGGAGAGGGUGAGGGGAUCGUGUGGCACGAGGGUUUUUCGCGUGGGCUAACUGACAUUAUAAGGUGCUUGUAUGUUGCAUACUGCCCAUAUUUUUUUGGACUACAUGCAUGCAAUAAGCAGAAAACAUUAUAAUAUACAGAAAGUUUUCCAUAAGACAUAGUUUUGAAAUCAAACCCGUUUCACAAUCGCGAUUUUGCAAGUGCAAGCGAGCCCGGGGUCUUCGUCCGUGGUGGUAGGUGCUAUUGUGACUGAAUGAGACAGGGCGCCGAUGAAUUUGAAUAAAAUAUUUUACCCAACAACUUUGCACUUGUCUUGUUUGAAAUCGUUCUCGGUGCAAUCUUCGUGCUUCCCUUGCAUCGCGGUGUUCAAGCAUGUCAGUAUUUUCUUGGGUCGCGUGCGCAUCCAUCUCGUUGGAGGUCCACAGCACAAAUGACCACUUUUGCUGUGGUCUGUGCGUGUGCAUCUUUUGCUAUAAACCGCCCUCUAGCGCUUCGCUGGUUGAAUUUCGAUCAUACGUAUUUCGGUGACUUGCGCUUGUCUGGCUGCGUUCUAUCACCCCUAACGUGUGUACCACGAAUUUUAAAACAUAUAUGUACUUAAUAAAAAUAAAACGGAGAUAGUUUACGCUUAUUAGAAUUAAGUUUAAGACAUCACAAUAAACUUUAUAAUACCAUUGACAUGUAAGAAAGUUUUUUUUUUUUUAAAACUUCAUAAAGCAAAUAUAAAUAUCGCAUUUUUAAUAUUGUAACUAUCUUAAAUAUCACGACAUGUGUUCGAAAUCUCUAAAAAAAAUUUCAUCGCGCCACAUUUGCGAUAUUUGAACAAUAUCGUAUCGUAAUCGAUGUAUCGUCAUAUCACCCAUCCCUAGUUAGAGUUACGUAGCUUAUGGAGUGAUGAAGUGCCAAGAUCUCUCAGUGCAGGAAUUGGUGCUAAAACAAAAUAUAAGCAUAUAUGUUCCAUAAGAACAGCUUUUACUGGUUGCACAGAUGUCUGUAACCCCGUGUCGGCAUAAAUAUCGCCAUAUUCUGUGAUAACUAAGCGCUUUUCACUAUGUUAAGAAAGUUAUAUUUAUGAACUCUCACAUUCAUGUUUGCAUGCGGCUGUCACGAACAUCAUUAAACGUGUAAAGUUACGGCAACUUACAGAGAAAACGAUCGGACUCACUGUGAGCUGAACAUUAACGUCUAAAAGUGUACUUUAGCCUCGCAUACUUACAUUAUAUAUAUUUUUUGUAAAGUUUAAUAAAACUGAUUCAAAUGUAGUAAUGGCUGUUUAUGGAAGCAAAAUUAAUGAUGAAUCCAAGAAAAAUAAUAUUUAAAUAUGAUUAUUUGUUAUGCUUGAAAUUAAAAUUGACAUGUCUCAACAAUUUAUACGUUUCCUGAAACAAUUAAACCUGUUUUAUGAAAAA